AUGGAUCGUAGGCCUGGUUCUCCUGCUCCCAGUCCUACUGCUCCCCGCACUCAAGGGUGGACCAGCAAAACAUCGGCAUACAAUCUUCUACCUCGCCUCCGGCUAUGGCAACGGCCCAAGCAGUCAAGCGAAAUCAUCGCUUUGCGCAUGUACCCAAUCAAGUCAUGCCGCGGCUUCGAGGUGCAACGGACUACUCUCAAGGAACAUGGCCUGGACCUCGAUCGGCGGUGGAUGCUCGUCGAUGCCAAAACACACGAGUUCCUGACCAUCCGCCAGAUCCAGGACAUGACGCGCAUUCAGACCGGGCUGAGCGAUGAUGGGGAAGAGCUCAUCAUUACUAUCCCCAAUACCGAGGGCGGACUCGCCCAAGCGCCCUUCCAAACAAUCCGCAUUCCAUCCCAUCCCUCGCCAGAAUGGCUAGCCGCACACACCACCAUCGCGGCUGUGCGUAUCUGGGACAACGAUACGGAUGGCUACAUCUAUAAUGAUGAGGUCAACGCCCCGUUCUCCGCUUUCCUGGGCCGCCCCGUUGCUUUGGCGUAUAAGGGCCCCACUCCGCGGGUGCUGAAAGGCAAUGGCCAUCCGAAGCUUCUUGGUCGUACGCAGACGACCGGGUUCCCGGACGUCUUUCCGAUCUUGAUUGCCUCGGAUGCGUCGCUCGCGGAACUGAACUCGCGGUUGAACCAGCAGGGCGAAGAUCCAAUUACAGUGGAGCGAUUCCGGCCCAAUAUCGUGGUCCGAGGGCAGACGCCGUGGAGCGAGGACUCUUGGAAGGUUGUGCGGAUUACCUCUGGGCCUGUCUCGAAGGAUGCUGAGGAGCCCCGUUCAAAGCCUAUUAGUUUGGAUCUUGAUAUCGUGGCUCGGUGCGCGCGGUGCCAGGUGCCGAAUGUUGAUCCUGACUCAGCUGUCAAGCAUAAGAAGCAGCCGUGGAAUACGCUAAUGUCGUAUCGGCGGAUAGAUGAGGGGAUCAAGUAUAAGCCUUGUUUUGGGAUGCUGAGUGCGCCCAGGAAUGAAGGUUCCAUUGAAGUGGGCAUGCGGCUGGAGGUGCUGGAGGAGACUACGGAGCACCGGUACAUUACGGGGUUCUAA